AUGCGCUUCGUUAAUCUCCCUAGUGAAGUCCUUCUUCACAUCACCGACUUCUUGGAAUAUUCUUGGAAUGUCAGCGCCCUCUCCCAGACGAACUGCUACCUAUAUACCGCAUUGAAUCACUAUAUGUACCAACACAACGUCCGCCACUUUGAUAGCUCACUGUUUGCGUGGGCAAUGGAAAAUGGAUCCGAGAUUGUCGCACGAAAGAUGCUAGAUGCAGGCGCUUCUCCGACAAAAGAAUGCACGUGGGAUCAUUUUGAUUUGAUUAACGCUGCAGCUGCAGAGGGUCAUACUGAAAUUGUUCGCUUAUUUCUGGAGAGAGACCUACUACCUGUUGAUCGUCGCCGCAACCUACUGAUGACGGCGGCAAUUUUUGGCAGUGAUUCCGUUGUACACCUCCUUCUCAAUCAUGGUGUGUCGAUAACCUCUAACACAGCUAAAGAGCUGCUUUGUGAAAGGCAGGCAUGUGGCCUCGGUGUGACGAAAAUACUGGUGGAUAAGCUGUGGGACGAGUAUCCAAGAAAUGAAACAAUCGAUGUGCUAUCGUGGGAAUUGGAACAAAGGGUGGAGGCUGGAUCCGGCUGCUUGGAAACAAUUCAAUACCUGCUCCAGCUUGGGAUCAGCCCGAAUGCAACUAGUCCCGACAAGCCUGGUCCGCUUUCCCUGGCCGCCGAGCGUGGUCACCUUGACAUCGUGCGCUGCUUGGUUGACUCUGGAGCGGAUACAGGACGAGCAUUAGAAACUUCGCGGCGUAACCCAAUCUACAAAGCAAUUAGCGGAAAGCACAUCGACGUCGCUAGAUUUCUAUUCCAACGCUCAGGACUCGACGCGCUCACGCCCAAGACUGAAGGGGAGGCAGCCUUGCUUUUGUGGGUUGCUGCCGCUUUAGGCUCUGUAUCUCAUUUCUGGCGGGCCGUGCAAAUCGAAUUACCAAGGCAGGAGCGCCUGUUACAUCUUAUGUACCAUCAUUACGAUUUACCCGCGCCCCUGGAAGUGGCAGCAAGAAUGGGGCAUGGGACGAUGGUUGGCCUAUUGUUGGAGUUCCUUCAGUUCAACGGAGGAAAAUACAUGAAUAUGAGACAGCAGGAACAUGCACUUUUUGCAGCGAUUAGUGAAGGGCAUGAGCCGAUUGUCAAACUAUUGCUUGACCACGGUGCUGAUCCCAACGUCAUGGAUUCUUCAAAUUCGACACCGCUGUCAGUCGCCAUCGAGCAUGAGGAUAUAUUCAGGUUGCUUCUUGAGCGAUGGGCCGAUGCCACCAGGACCCCAGUUUCUGAGAAUGAGAAUUUUUUUGCUGUCAAUAUAACGGCAGUUUUGGUCCGACUAGGAAAGACAACGUUUAUCGAUCACGUAUUGUCGUCUCCUGAAGAUUCUCAGGCUCAUGUUCUUCCGCUCGAUAACUUCCAUCUCCUCAACCGGGCACUCAUUGGAGGGCCGGCGAUGCUUAAAUACCUAGUCUCCAAGGGGUUACUGCAACUCCCGUUUGACGAGCAUGACAGACAACGUGCUGUCAACUAUACGCUCGAUAAUUACCUGCCAGGAUCUCUUAAUCUCCUCUUGGACGCGGGCUUCACCUUACCCCCUGGCGUGGCUCGGGACGCACUAAAGCUGGCCCCAAGCAACGACAAGAAUGCCCUGGAAACAAUCGAUGUGCUGUUGAAAUAUGGCGUGGAUAUAAACAGCCGCUCUCCUGAUGGAUCCACGGUCCUUGGGUACUGGCUUCAAAAACCAGUCAGAGAUGCCGUAUUCCUCGUAAGCAGAGGCGCAGAUCCGCUACUCGUGGACCGUGAUGAGCUGCUGCUAGCUACCGCAGCACGCGCGCUACCAGUGCAGGACUUGAAACCCGUGUUGCAGUCAAUAGAUGUCCGUUCUGUGCCGCGCGAUGAAUUGCGCCAGAAGAUUGCUAGAUCUCUAUUCGUUGCGGAGGGAGCUCAGAAGUGGGAUCAUGUCAAAGUACUUGAGCGCUUCCAGGUUGAGAAUAACCUAUUGGCGAGCUAA